GCUGGUGGGCGUCCCGCCCACCUGAAAGGUCUCCCCGCCCCGACUGGGGUUUGUUGUUGAAGAAGGAGAAUCCCCGGAAAGGCUGAGUCUCCAGCUCAAGGUCAAAACGUCCAAGGCCGAAAGCCCUCCAGUUUCCCCUGGACGCCUUGCUCCUGCUUCUGCUACGACCUUCUGGGGAACGCGAAUUUCUCAUUUUCUUCUUAAAUUGCCAUUUUCGCUUUAGGAGAUGAAUGUUUUCCUUUGGCUGUUUUGGCAAUGACUCUGAAUUAAAGCGAUGCUAACGCCUCUUUUCUCCCUAAUUGUUAAAAGCUAUGGACUGCAGGAAGAUGGCCCGCUUCUCUUACAGUGUGAUUUGGAUCAUGGCCAUUUCUAAAGCCUUUGAACUGGGAUUAGUUGCCGGCCUGGGCCAUCAGGAAUUUGCUCGUCCAUCUCGGGGAGACCUGGCCUUCAGAGACGACAGCAUUUGGCCCCAGGAGGAGCCUGCAAUUCGGCCUCGGUCCUCCCAGCGUGUGCCGCCCAUGGGGAUACAGCACAGCAAGGAGCUAAACAGAACCUGCUGCCUGAAUGGGGGAACCUGCAUGCUGGGGUCCUUUUGUGCCUGCCCUCCCUCCUUCUACGGACGGAACUGUGAGCACGAUGUGCGCAAAGAGAACUGUGGGUCUGUGCCCCAUGACACCUGGCUGCCCAAGAAGUGUUCCCUGUGUAAAUGCUGGCACGGUCAGCUCCGCUGCUUUCCUCAGGCAUUUCUACCCGGCUGUGAUGGCCUUGUGAUGGAUGAGCACCUCGUGGCUUCCAGGACUCCAGAACUACCACCGUCUGCACGUACUACCACUUUUAUGCUAGUUGGCAUCUGCCUUUCUAUACAAAGCUACUAUUAAUCGACAUUGACCUAUUUCCAGAAAUACAAUUUUAGAUAUCAUGCAAAUUUCAUGACCAGUAAAGGCUGCUGCUACAAUGUCCUAACUGAAAGAUGAUCAUUUGUAGUUGCCUUAAAAUAAUGAAUACAUUUCCAAAAUGGUCUCUAACAUUUCCUUACAGAACUAACUACUUCUUACCUCUUUGCCCUGCCCUCUCCCAAAAAACUACUUCUUUUUUCAAAAGAAAGUCAGCCAUAUCUCCAUUGUGCCCAAGUCCAGUGUUUCUUUUUUUUUUUUUUUUUGAGACGGAGUCUCACUCUGUCACCCAGACUGGACUGCAAUGACGCGAUCUUGGUUCACUGCAACCUCCGCAUCUGGGGCUCAAGCCAUUCUCCUGCCUCAGCCUCCCAAGUAGCUGGGAUUACAGGCAUGUGUCACCAUGCCCAGCUAAUUUUUUUGUAUUUUUAGUAGAGAUGGGGGUUUCACCAUAUUGGCCAGUCUGGUCUCGAACUCCUGACCUUGUGAUCCACUCACCUCGGUCUCUCGAAGUGCUGAGAUUACACGCGUGAGCAACUGUGCAAGGCCUGGUGUUUCUUGAUACAUGUAAUUCUACCAAGGUCUUCUUAAUAUGUUCUUUUAUAUGAUUGAAUUAUAUCUUCAGAUUAUUAAAGACUAAUUCUAAUGUGGACCUUAGAAUACAGUUUUGAGUAGAGUUGAUCAAAAUCAAUUAAAAUAGUCUCUUUAAAAGGAAAGAAAACAUCUUUAAGGGGAGGAACAAGAGUGCUGAAGGAAUGGAAGUCCACCUGCGUGUGUGCAGGGAGACUGGGUAGGAAAGAGGAAGCAAAUAGAAGAGAGGUUGAAAAACAAAAUGGGUUACUUGAUUGGUGAUUAGGUGGUGGUAGAGAAGCAAGUAAAAAGGCUAAAUGGAAGGGCAAGUUUCCAUCAUCUAUAGAAAGCUAUAUAAGACAAGAACUCCCCUUUUUUUUCCCAAAGGCAUUGUAAAAAGAAUGAAGUCUCCUUAGAAAAAAAAUUAUACCUCAAUGUCCCCAACAAGAUUGCUUAAUAAAUUGUGUUUCCUCCAAGCUAUUCAAUUCUUUAACUGUUGUAGAAGAGAAAAUGUUCACAAUAUAUUUAGUUGUAAACCAAGUGAUCAAACUACAUAUUGUAAAGCCCAUUUUUAAGAUACAUUGUAUAUAUGUGUAUGCACAGUAAAAAUGGAAACUAUA